UGUUCUUACCACACGACAAGAGCAGCUUUGUCACGUUUAUCGCCGUGCAGCAAACAAGUCUUCAGCUGAAAAUUAAAGUACAUUGUGCGGAAAGAUGUUUUCACUAACAUCAACCUACUCCUUAAGAAAUAUCCUUCUUUGUGGAAUUCUUAUCCUUUUAUACAAUGCUGAAUGUGGGACCGGUCCACCUACAACAGAAUCUACAGAAACAACUACAACAGGCUUGACAGAAACAACUACAACAGGCUCAACAGACACAUCUCCGACAAGUCCUCCAGUUCACAGUUGUGCUUCAAGCCCCUGUAGAGAUAAUGCAACCUGUGUGGAAAUCUUCCAAAGCUAUACUUGUGAUUGUGACUUCAAUUUUUACUAUGAUUACACUGAUGAUUCCUGCAAGGAAGGCAAGAGCUUUGGUGGAGAAUUGACCAUGAAAAUUGAAUUUGAUCCAGCUAUGACGAACAAAAAAUCCGAAGUAUAUAUGGCACUUGAAAAAAAUGUAACAAACAUUUUUAAUAAGUCAUUUUCCAAUAUUGAAGGCUACGAAGAAACUAAAAUUCUUGAAGUUAGGAAGGGCAGUGUCAUCACAACAUUGUUUAAUACAUUUACUAUGAGCGCACAAGUUAAUGAAUCAAUGAUUCAAGAGGCUAUGGAGAAUAAUGGAUUUUAUUCAUUUACAUCUGUGUAUGGAUGUAAUUUGAAAAAGUGUGACCCUUAUACUACGAUAAGUUGUUAUCAGCCACCUCAUGGACUUGCUGUGUGCAUUUGCAGAGAUGGAUUUUUUAGAAAUGAAAGAUAUGAUACAAAAUGCCAAGAGUCGUGCAUUGCUCAGUGCAAAGGAGAGAACGAAUAUUUAGUUCGAGAUGGUGAUAAAUGUGAUUGUAAAUGUCAAGCUGGAUAUAAACGAAGGGAUGAUAAAUGUGAAAGUUGUCCAUUUGGCUAUGGUGGAAUAGACUGCAAUGAUGCCUUUCAACUCAGUACUGUUGUGAUUGGUGUUAUAGCUGGAGUUAUCAUAAUAAGUAUGACAAUUGGACUCAUUUAUACAAGCAUAAGAUUAAAAGAUGCUAAAUAUGAUGAAGGUCAGCCAUUGGUAAAUGAAGCAAAAGAAGGAAGCCCAACAAUGAUUCCAAGAAUAAAUAUGGGCAACAACCCAAUGAUGAUGAACAGUCUGACAAGAGAUAAUGAUGAGAAAUCAUAUCAAAAAGGUUGGAAUACCUAUGACAAUCCUACCAUGGAAAAUGAGUACAGCAGGAAAAGGUACUACUGAGCUGACAAAAACAUGGAUAACAGCACCUACAACAAAAAGACAAUUUGCUUUUUAUUUUCAUAAAACUGAAAAAAGAAAUAAAUUUUAUUAAUCUUGCAAUGCACAAUGACUAAGUAAUGUAGCUUUAGUACUUGACAUUCAAAAUUAUUCACCAUAAUCAUUUAAUUGUUUUUUAAUUCAAUUUUAGUUUUGUUAAUUUACAAAUAAUACAUUUUGUGAUAUAUUGAUCAAACUGUGUGUAAAAGCAUGUAAAAUGACCCCAUUAUUCCAGCCUCAAAACUUAUAUUUUGCUUAUACUCAGUGUGAGAGUUGACCCCGUUUGCAACCACAGCUUGUCCGAGUUGUAUUAGUCAUGAAUUUCAAUCUUCCAACACACAAAUGCCUGUUAUACAUACCAAUAUCUUGUCGUUGGAGGUAAGGGAUUAAGCUAACAAUAUGGGCUAUGUUGUGAAAAUGGUUGGGACCUUAAAACAUGACUACUGUUUGUGCCAUGUGCCAGUGACACCCAAACCAGCAGUUAACUUUUGUAUUUGGUAUAAACACCAAAAUUGUUUUCUGAUUGUGGUGGGGAGAGGGGUUGAUGUUUCUAAUCUUGAAUGGGUGACUUAAUACGAACAUAAUUGAUGAUUUGACUUGUAAAAUUUUGAAUUAAUAGAUACAAAAUAUGAGUAGAAUGGAAAAUAUUAAAAAUGUAAAUGCGCAUGGAAUCUUUGAGCCAAGUGGCCUGUUGCAUUGUCAGAAUUUCAAUUAAAAAAAUGUUAAUUCAGCUGGUUAGUAAUUAUCAUUAUUCUCAGGGCAAAUAUGGUUUACAAUGCUCAAUAUUCUUACAAUGAAUAGGCUGGUGUAUGUUGUUAAGUAGUGCAUAAAUACAAAAUGUACAGUGAAAUGUGUGAAAAACAAUUGUGUUGCUUAAUGACUGAAAGUAUAGAAAUUGCUUGAAAAAAUGCACAGAUUUCAAAUGCAAAUGAAAUAAACACAAUUAAUAUA